AUGGCAAGCAUCUCCGACCCAUCGACAGCUGACGAACGAUGCCGAAAGCGGCAGCGCGAGCCAGAAGAGCCGCCGACAGACAAGGUGGAACAGGGCAAGUCAGAGCUGGAGGAGCGCCGACUGCGAGUCUACUGCUCCGGUCAUUCUCUACCCCUCAGCGUCACACUUGUGACGGAGGUGUCUGCCCCUGGACUUGGUAGACAUGGCCUUGCAGGCCAUCUCUGGCCGGCUGGCAAGCUGCUGGCCGAGCUUUUGCUGAGACCUCUACCUUUGGGGCAGGAGUUGGCUUUGCUGCUGUCCCAAUCCGCACGCAUCCUGGACACUUUCCUCGACUUCGACAAUCAGGGUGUGCAUGUUCGUUCGGAUGAACGGCUGCAUGCACGGGUAUGA